GCGUUUCGAAACGUUCGUGAGCAGCAAGAAGAGUGGCUUUCCUGGUGUAGUUGGUGCAAAACAGCAAACUUUUCAGUGCGUAGUGCAAGUUGCAAGGUGCAGUAAAGUGUUUCCGUACAACCGUUUGUCUCACCAGCAACACGCAACCGUGUAAGCGCCUGACGCCAGCGACAUAUAUAUUGAUUUCCUGAGCAGGAAAUUCCGCUUCAACAGGGGGGUGUGAUCGAGAGUGUUGGUGGGACUGAGCAAAAUUGGCCAACUCAAAUCAAACAAAUCAACGAAAAUGAACAUGUUUUCCGGAUUAACGAAUCAAGUGACCUCGUGGAUUGGAGCGGCUAAGGGCGAACCGCAGGACGAGGAAGUCCCGACACCCCCGAACUCGGCUGCAACCACUGCGACAGCGACUACUUCCGGUGCUACCGCAGCGCCGACUGCAGCUCCAGUAGAUGCAACUGCCGCUGCAGCGGGUGGUGAUGGUGGUGACAAAAGCCCAACCAAAGGUGGUGUUUUCUCUGGUGUGUCGUCGAAGGUGACGGGAUGGCUCGGUAAUGCCUCGAUCCCUUCGAUGCCAGCGAUCCCGACGGUCUCGAUGCCCGCCAUGCCAGCGAUGCCUUCGAUGCCAUCGAUUCCAGGGCUGCGGAAGGCGAACCAGACAGACGAAAACGGUGGCAUCACGAACGAGGGUCUGGUCACGUCGCCCGAGAAGGCUAGUCAAGGUAUUGCCGGCUCGACGGAUGCUGCCGAUGAGGAGGACCGGUCAAGGUAUAUUAGCGCUACGGGAGGAGCCGAUUCACGCCCUGCAACCGGCCCGGGAACACCAACUGAAGAAAAUGCUGGACAAAUUGGACAAGUUACACAUAAGGUUACUGCUGGCGCUAAAUCGAUUGGCUCGUUCCUGUACUCAUCAUUCAAUAAAGCUGGUGAUAAGAUCAAACAUCUAAAAGAUAACAGUAUUCUGGGAGAGUUUAGCAAGGAGCAGGAAGCAUUCAUCAAAAAUCAACAAGGAGGCGGCUCUGCCGGCGCUUGUCCAUGGACGGGUCAUGCUAACGAGGCGAAGAUCAAGGAGGAAAUUCUUAGCCUGUCUGCUGAUCGCCGAAAUUUCGUUCGAGCACCGCCAGCUGGGGUUGAGUUUGAUUUUGACUACGAUUCGUCUUACCCAGUCGCUUUGGCCAUUAUGAAUGAUGACAAAGAAUUGGAAAAGAUGCGAUUUGAACUGGUUCCCAAAAUCAUCACGGAGGAAAACUUUUGGCGCAACUACUUCUAUCGCGUGUCCCUGAUAUGCCAAGCGGCCGAUUUGGGCACAUUGGGCGAUAAUAACGAGUUUGUCAAACGAGGCGCUAGUGAAGACACAGAGGCCUAAAAGAAGUGUAGCACGAUACAAAACCUAAAUCUACCGUAAUCGCAGUUAUUCUUAUUGUAAAUGAGAAGGAGAGGAAACCUUAAUACCGCAAGCAUCUCUAUUACACGUUAAAGUACUGCGUUGUAUGAUAUAAAAAGACUCUAAUAAUGGCAGAAAAAAGGCCCCUCCCACAAGAAAACAAUGGUGGGGCGCGUUGGGGGGACAAGGAAAUGGCAAAACGGCAAUAGAGAAAAUGCGUACAACGGAACAUACAUAAACUAGUGAACUUCUUCUCAUACUCGGACAACAGAGCUACUUACAGUAUCGAUGUUCUCGCGCCUAACACACACACACACACAUACAAACACAAACACAAAACAAAGUAUAGAAGAGUUAACUUCAAUGCGAACCUAUUUAAAACUAAAUAAUACAAACCAACAACAACAUAAAAACAAACACACACACAGACAUAUGAAACAAAUAGGACUAAAAUGAGCGCGUGCGUGCGAAUAAGAUGUUAAUAAGAUAUAACAAAUUAUACACACCACUCACCAAUGUAUAUCGAUAUCGAGAGUGGGUACCAUAUUGAAAUCUGAACACAACACGAAAAACAGCAACAAGAAAAGAGAACAACAAGUAAAACAACAUCAUUAUAAUAUUUUGUUGGUUGCAGGAAAACAAAAACUUAAGGCACACAUACUUAACACACGCAGUAACAGUACACAAACACAUACACAAACACUUAAUAACAAUGAAUCAUGGUUAAGCCGACAAAGGAAGAAAAACAAGAAUAAAACCCCACACGUUUAAGCUAAUUAUACACCAGCAGCAGGGGUUGGGGCGGGAACUGGAUCAUCACAGCUUCCCUGCCACCCGGCGGCAUCUUCUUCCCGAAGCAAACCGAACAUAUAUUAUAUUAUCGGAAUCAAUUAGUAAACCAAUUUCUCGACGAAGACAAUUAGUGCAUAAUAAUAGUGCAAGUACCCACUACAAUGGUGGGGUAUAUGGACGAAACAACACACAUUCCAGCAGCAGCAGCUGUGUGCGGAAAACGGUUCGCAAACGACGGUAAUUUAUCUCCUUCAGGACAAAGAGACACGCGCGGCAGUAUAUAAAUAACUCUACCAAACAUCGACCUGUAAACACGUUACGUUAGUUAUAUAGCUAUGAUAAUCUGUUCUUGAAAGUCAGUCAUGCUGGGCAAGCGCAAGGAAGGAGGAAGGAGUGAACGAAAGAAUCUUAUAUCGAGAAAAUGAUAUUUAUUGUUGUUGUUUCCAGUGCUUAGUGAUUGUUUAUGGUGAGGAGAGGGGAGGGCGUGAUAAAGCAGAGAGGAAGACAUCAAUUCAUUCUCCCACACACUCUUACGUGAUACUCAGCCUUCAGUAUGAUGAUGAUGUGGAAAUAGACACAAACAAAAACCUCCCUCCUAUCUAAUCUACAAAAACAAAUGGGCUGCGAUGGGUAAAACGAACGAUCGAAAUCAUACUUUAACCAAAAUUAACACCCACCAUCACCCACCACCACCGCCAUCGCGCGUUAUCCAUCGAAUACUCACGAAUUAUACGUAUUAAACCAUUGAAUCUCAACAUAAGAUGGAAAAAUAUAACUUACAUAACAAACCCAAAAAAUGAGCAUUACAUUCACACUCUAUAAUUGUUCCUUUACUGAUGUCUAGAUGUGAACCGACUUUCUUUAAGCUAAUUGUAGCUUAACAACUUGAAGCCAAUCUCCUGCGGAUACGCGUGGGGGAUGUCAUCAUGAAUGUGGGCGAUAUUGUUAGAUCCAUUUCGGGCAAGGCAAGACCAUUACAAGUUCCCCCUCGACACUUUGUUGUAUGAUCGUAAGAUGAGAGAAACAGCAAACAACAACACCUUUGUUAAUUUUGACUGAAGAAAAAGAUAUGCACACUGGAUUAACGCCAAGUAUAAGUUUUUAUCAUACAUGCCUUUGUUCACUCGAUAACUGUUACUUUAUUUGCGUGAGACAGAGGCUGUGGUUUAACAAAAAAGGAUAACAACAAAGACAAAACACGUGUAGCGUAUGGAAGGGUGAUCGUAAAACCUCCUUCCCCUCCCCCCCACCCCGUCGCAUUAACAAUCAUCAUAUAUCAAUGUUUGCAAGAGCACUAGAGUAAAUUUUCAUUUCGAUGCGUACGCGCUUUACCUUUUUUCUCAAUCAGUUUGCUAUGUAUGAUUCGUUUUGUCAUAAACCCACCGAAACACGUUUUUUACGUUCGACAUGGCAAAGCCACUUCCACUUUCCAUUGUCAUUAAAUUCUCUUGCGUGUGUGUGUGUGUUAGUGGUGUUUUAAUGCUUGUUAUUGAUUGGGGCGGCACCGUCACCGUCAAUGCAACUAAGCGCUUAUUAUGUGUUUUACGAUCGAUGUGUGUCUCUCGAAGCGGGGAGGGGGAGGUGGCGGUGUAAAAGUUGUUGUUUCGUAGUGUGGGUGGGAUAAGAGAUAUAUUCUAUAUUAUGGAUGUUAAAGUUGAUCUUCCAUUUUCCAUGUAAAAUCAUAUACGUUUCCAUGCUUCAAAUGGCAUGCUACAUAUUAAAAAGAAGAAGAAAAAAACACACACACACACACAUUCACACAUCACCUAACUUAACUAACUUGCUGGUGUGUCCCUUGUUGUCGUCGGUCUCAUGUUAGCACCCUUACCCUAAUAAACCUGCCUAUCAAAUGAUAUGAUAAAACAGCAGCGCGUACGAGCGGAUCAGUCGCGUUCGUUAAUUUGUCUUUAACUUGAUUGCGUUAUUAUGCUAAUGCUGGAGGAACAAUGCGCCGUGAAAUUCUAAGUAAAUUCUAUUCACUCACUCACACACACACAUAAUACAAGCAAUGCAAAGAAGAAAGAAAUCAGGACAAAUCACCUUACCCAAGCGCGCGCUUUAUGGCAAACAAUUCCAGUUAAGAGACGAUUCCACCAAACGUAGAACAAUGCUACAGCGCUACAGCCAGUCAGUCAGUAUCCAUUACAUAUAUGUACACACACAACCACACACAAUGCUAGUAUUUGAAGCGAUCACAAAUCAGAGUUUCUCGAUGUUAUACAUAUUUGCGUUGAUUCUAUUCUAGAUCAGAUAUAUUGGCCACUCUUUACGAAUGCGCGCUAGAAUUAUCAGAAAUCAAAUGCGAUGCGAAGGGGAAGAAAAUAAGAAGAAAACGCAAACGAUCGUUCGAGCCAGGAUGAAAGAGUAGCAGGAAGUCCUAGCAUCUGGUUCGGUUUCCACUCAAAUAAAGGCAUUUCCCGUCCUUUCGAAGGUUUGACGAAAGCGCGGAACAUGGGAGAAAACCGGGGCAUUGAUAUAGCAGCCGCCAUCCCACCAUCAACGGGGAAUGUCAACGCGAUGCCAACCGAAAAGAGGGAAUGAAAAGUAUAGAAACACAAACACACACAAAGGCAGAACAAGAAUACGUUUUGCGGCGUGCGUGUUAGGGAAGUGCUUCGUAGAUAUGGUAUGGAUUUUAAGGAUAUAAUAGCAAACGUAUAAACAAAAAAAUAUGAAAGAUAUGUAAAAAAGAAAGAAAGCAACAGAGAUAAUGACAAUACAACCGAAAACGUGAUGCAACAUUAAACAAAACAACAACAACAACAAGGAGAAGAAGAAACAAAAAAGCAUAAGAGUGCGAAAACCAAAGGAAAACAAAAAUACGAAAAACAGAUACUUGUGAAGGUAAACAAAACAAAACAAAACCGAACAUCAAUGUGUGUGGAUGGUGGAGAGCGAGAUGAAAAGUUCACCCAAGUAUCACAAACAAAUAUUUCCUUCCCUGGAAUUUUCCCUAGUCCCAAACAAAAACCUCCUUAUCACCUCUAAAAAAAACAUUCCUUUCUCUAUCUAUCUCUCUCUCUGUCUGUCUCUCUGUCUGUCUCUGUAUGUAACUGUGUGCGUGGUGUUGAGUAAAAAUUAACGAACCUUACAAAACAGCAAACAAACAAACAAACAAACUCCUUAUUGAGAAGAUACUUAUAUAUAUAUAUCGGAUCGGUUCUAUACAAAAGGUGUGAAAAGAUUAUGAUGCAUUAUAAGCAGUCAGUGACGUGUUUAGGGAAAGCAAAAGGGUCGCCGGUGCGUACGUGGAGGGUAAAGAAAUAGUUUUUAAUUUACGGAACAGAUUUCAUCAACAAAGAUUAAGUGACGGGGCAGAGGAAUGAGUAUGCAAUGGUUUAGUUCUCCCACUACUGUGGUUAGCGAAUUAUAAUCUCUCUCCCUGUAAUGCCUAUCACAUUUACCACUUUGAAUCUCGAAUUUCGGUUUUAAACACACACACACACACACACACACACACACACACACACACACACACACACACACACACACACACACACACACACACACACACACACACACACACACACACACUCACAUCCAAGGUCUUUUUAGUUGUGUUUGUGAUUGUGACUGGUGUUGUCGUAUUGUGUUGUGUUGGUUUACUUAUUUAAGACCUGUUUAAGAAACAAUUGAACGAGAAGUGUGUGUGUGCGUGUUUGAGAGAGUGUUGUGUGAUUAGCUAAUCGGGAAGGAUCUAGUUAGAGCGAACGUCCUUGUUUUUACGUUGUUUUUUUAUCUUCUCCACGUUACUUACGUUCCGGCUCGUCUCACUUACGGCAAGUGUUUAACAGAAUCGGCUAGACUAACUUCUUGCAAUCAUGAUAACCUAAGAAAUACUACAUACAACAAUAUCGUUCCACACUGGACAGGGGUGAAAUAAGGGGGGGGGGGGAGAGUGGUGCGAUAGUACCAAAGGAUAAAGUGAGUGAGUGAUGCAAAGAAGUGGAAAAGGAGCAAAAGUGAAGGAAAUACAACAAAACACACAAACGUACAUAUAUAUAAAUACACCCAACACACCCAACACGUCCUAACAAAAAAAGGAAAAAAAAGGUGGAAAAGCAAACUAUUGUUGGUACACUCACACACACACACACACACUCUCACACAUUGUCACGAGGGAAGGGGAAAACUAGUCGGAAAAACUCUAAACCAAACACUCACAUACGAACAACAAACACACAACACACAAACAAACAACACGGAGACGAUUAUUCUGUAUAGAGAAAAUAAAUUUUAAGGCAAUUAUUGAUUCAAACCAAAA